AAUCCAGUAUCAUUCUCUUACAUGUAGCUGUCCAGUUUUGCCAACACCAGCUGUUGAAGAGGCUGUCAUUUCCCCAUUGUAUACCCAUUUAGCAGACAUUUCUUGAGCACAUCAUUGUGCCAGGCACUGUGUCAGAUGUAGAGAUACACCAACGAGCAUAACAAGCAAAAUUCCAAACUUUCUCAGACUUAGAUUCUAGUGGGUAAACAAACAUUAAAUUCAAUAAAUAAGCAAACACUUAUGUUGGAAGGUGUGGGGGGAAAUAGACUGCUUUUCCAUUCCCCAUCAUUCCCAUUAUCCAGUGCUACCUUCCCAUGUUAGCAAAGCCCCCAAAUUAUUCGCCAUCUGCUAUGAUCAGACUUGUGCAGUGCCCAGGACUUUGGUGAGGGUGCUUCAGGAGGAGAUGCCACAGCCUCUGUGUGCAGGAGUCUCAGAGCAGGAGGUGACAAGAAAGGGUUAUUUUGAACACGCAGGAAGCCCUAAGUGAAUAGAGCCACUCCAUCCUGACAAAGGACACCCAUAACAAGAGAUUUUGGAAAGAGAGGAUAUAGGUUGGCAUCACAGAAAUGUGGGGGAGAUGAGGACCCAGGUGAGGCAUAUUAGAUGGAGAAGAACAAGGCUGUCCAGCUGGAGUGGAGGGAACAGAGGCAACUGAGGCUGCAAAAGCAGCUGGGGCUGAGCCAUGAAGGCCUCAAGAUGAGACUGAGGCUACCAUACCCCACCAGCUAUAGGGGUCCCUAGGAUAAUCCCCAAACCUCCCUAGUUGGCCUUCAUGUACAGCUUCAGCCAUCACCUGACCUCUCAGAUUCUAGGUGGGAGGCAAGGAACUCUGUCCAAACUGUCUGCCCAUCCCCCACCCCAAUUUGUGGAUUCUGAGACUUUGUUUCCAUCAAAAGCAGAAUCACCUCAGGAAAGGGCUGAGGCCUGAGGUUUAGACAGUGGGAUCCAUUGAUUGUUCCUGAUAAGCUCAGAGCUGAUCUUUAAAAACAUUCCUCUGGCCGUGAUGAGUGAAAUUUGGGUUGGGGAUCAGACCAGUGAAGAGGCUGGGCCAGUCGUCCAGGCCCAAGGUUGUGCCUCCUGAACUAGGGCAGUUGCAAUGAAAAUGCCAAGAAGACACAAAUGAGAGGUUUUCAGAACUUGGAAACUGACUGCAGAAGGGAAGUUGAGACAUGGGUCAAGUGUGGCAUCCAGAUACCAUGCUUGGCAACUCUGUACAUCUAUUCUAUAUGGUAUCUUUGUUAAAAGGCAUGCCCUCUCAGGACUGGCACAGUUCAUGUCAGGGCUGAGAACUGAGUGAUUUCAGCCCCCACAUGCAUCCUCUGUUGGCCAGGCACCUUUGUGAAGUACACAGCCAUCCAUGGCAGCUCUCACCGGGUGCCUGAGGGGCCACUCCUGAGGUGAGGAUGUACUAAGAAGAAGAGAGAGGAGCAGGAGAGGAUAAUGAUUGGUUCAGGUUGUGGUGGGCUGAGAUGCCAAGGGGCAUCUAGAUAGAGAUGUCUAGGAGGAGCUGGAGGGUACAAAGCUGAGCCCUGGGGAACCUGCCCGCCUCACAGCAUUUGCUCUCUGGUUCUGCCCACAGACCCCCUGCCUCUCCCCUGGGUGCUACAAGAAGUAGAACUAAGGCUGCUGGGAGAGGCCACCUGUCAGUGUCUCUACAGUCAGCCUGGCCCCUUCAACCUCACUUUCCAGCUAUUGCCAGGGAUGCUGUGUGCUGGCUACCCGGAGGGCCACAGGGACACCUGCCAGGGAGAUUCUGGGGGGCCCCUGGUCUGUGAGGAAGGUGGCCGAUGGUUCCAGGCAGGAAUCACCAGCUUUGGCUUUGGCUGUGGAAGGAGGAACCGCCCCGGAGUCUUCACUGCUGUGGCUCCCUAUGAGGCAUGGAUACGGGAACAGGUGAUGGGCUCAGCGCCUGGGCCUGCCUUUCCCACCCAGUCCCAGGAGCCCCAGUCAGACUCCUGGGAGCCCACAAAUGAGAACUGUACCAUCGCCCUGCCAGAGUGCGGUAAGGCCCCACGGCCAGGAACCUGGCCCUGGGAGGCCCAGGUGAUGGUCCCAGGAUCCAGACCCUGCCAUGGGGUGCUGGUGUCUGAAAGCUGGGUCUUGGCACCUGCCAGCUGCUUUCUGGACUCAGACCGCCUGCCCCGUGACCUGGACAACUGGCGCGUCCUGCUGCCCUCACGCCCGCGCACUGAGCAGGUGGCGCGCCUCGUGCCGCACGAGAAUGCCUCAUGGGACGACGCGUCGGACCUGGCGCUGCUGGAGCUGCGCGCGCCCGUGAACCUGAGCGUGGCGCCGCGGCCAGUGUGCCUACCCUACUCGGAACACUAUUUCCUGCCCGGGAGCCGCUGCCGCCUGGCGCGCUGGGGCCGUGGGGGUGAGCAGGAAUGUGACGUGGAGUGGGGCGGAGCCCGGGCGGAUUUCACGGCAGCGCGGGUUCCUUCCCAUCUCCUCCCAGACCCCGCGCCGGGCCCCAACUCGCUGCUGGAGGCGGAGCUGUUGGACGGCUGGUGGUGCCACUGCCUGUAUGGCCGCCAGGGGGCGUCAGUGCCGCCUCCAGGAGACCCGCCACAGUCGCUCUGCACUGCCUACCAGGAAGAGGAGGAGGCGGGCCGCUGCUGGCAGAACUACUCUCACUGGAGUCUUCUGUGCCGGGAGGAGGGGACCUGGUUCCUGGCUGGAAUCAGAGACUUCUCUAGUGACUGCCUACGUCCCAGAGCCUUCCACUCACUGCAGACCCACAGCCCAUGGAUCAGCCAUGUGGCUCGGGGAGCCUACCUGGAAGACCAGCUGGCCUGGGACUGGAGCCCUGAGGGGGAGGAGACUGAGACACAGAUUUGUCCCCCCACAACAGAAUAUGGUGCCUGUGGCUUGCGGCAAGACCCUGCUCCUUCAGGGGUCCUGUGGCCCUGGCUCGCUGAGGUGCAUGUGGCUGGAUAUCAAGUCUGCGCUGGGAUCCUUGUGGCUCCAGGCUGGGUCCUGGCAGCCACUCACUGUGUCCUCAGGCCAGGCUCUACAACAGUGCCUUAUACUGAAGUGUACCUGGGCAGGGCAGGGGCCAGCCCCCUUCCACAGGCCCACCAGGUAUCCCGUUUGGUCAUCAGCAUCCACUUGCCCCAGCAUCUGGGACCUUGGCCCCCACUGGCCCUCCUGGAGCUGAGCUCCCGGGUAGAGCCCUCCCCAUCAGCCUUACCCAUCUGCCUUCACCCAGGGGGUAUCCCCCUGGGGACCAGCUGCUGGGUGCUGUGCUGGAAGGAUCCCCAGGACCGAGUCCCUGUGGCUGCUGCUGUCUCCAUCUUGACACCAAGACUCUGUCACUGCCUCUAUCAGGGCAUUCUGCCCCCUGGGACUCUCUGUGUUCUGUAUGCAGAGGGGCAGGAGGACAGGUGUGAGGUACAGGGGUCUGGGCACCCUGCUUCAGGGAGGGAAGAGGCAGUGUUGGGCAUCUGGACCCUAAGGAGGUCAGGGUUGGAAUUCUUGGGUGCUGGGCCCCAAAUGGGAAGAAGCAGUACCUCUCUGGCUGGACCUCGGCAAGACCAGGGGCCAGGAUGCCUAAGAUGGAUGGAAACAAGCAGUGCUUCAUGCCUUAAACCUAGAAGGUGCAGGGGACCAGGAGGAAGGGUAAGAGACCCUUUUGGCCUUGGCUCUGACACUGCAGGUGACCUCAGCACCUCCACUCUUGUGCCAGACUCAGGGAGGAUCCUGGGUUCUCACGGGCAUGGCUGUUCGAGGAAGCCGGGAGCUAUUUGCCGCUAUUGUCCCCGAAGAGGCCUGGAUCUCCCAGACAGUGGGGGAGGCCCAUUUCCUGCCGCCCAGUGGCUAUCCCCAGUGGCCCCUUGAAAGCAGUGACCUCUGCCCCUCAGACAUGGCCGGAGCCUCAGGCUCUCCUCUAGUUUCUCUGUAUCUGCUGCUCCUGACCCUCCUGAUCCAGGGUUGAGGGGGCCUGGGUCCCUGGGUCACCUGUACUCCUCCCCACCCCUCCUGCCUUCCACUUCAUGCCCAGCGGGGCUGGAAUGUGACCCAACCAGCUCUGCUGCUUUGCCAGAACCUCCAAAAUACCCCACCCUCCUGGGUUGCAGCGGCUUCAGAUAAUUGGGCCUCAGUGCCCAGCUAUUCUGGGCCCUGGAAUCCUUGGGGGCAGAGCAAGCGGACAAUAAAGGUGUAAACACGGA